AUGAACUCGUCGCCACAACGGCCAACCCUCAAAUGCGACGAUGAGUGCCUACGUCUACAGCGAAACGCCCGCCUCGCCAACGCACUUAGCAUCGACCCACAGAGCCACACGGACGACCAUGUGCCAUACUCGGACACUACGCUCAAGUUCUUCAGGCUCAACCCCAAAUGGGCCCAAACAUAUGAGCGCGAGUUGCGCGUCUUUGCUGGGGAUCACGAUGAAAAGCGACUGAGGUUUAAGCCCAUGAAAUCACAUCAGAGGGCUUUUAUUCACUCGCUGGCUGAGGACUUUGGGUUCGAUAGCGAGAGCAGUGACCCGGAACCGCAUCGCCACGUCUGCCUGUUCAAGACGCCACGGUUCGUCUCGGCGCCUAUGAAAACACUAGCACAAUGUGCUAAAAUCCGUGCGAGUCAAGACUCACUUGCGCAAGCUUUGAGUGCGGCAAGUGGUGAUCUUCUACCCGCCCAGCCUUACAAUGCGCUGUUGCUAUCAUCGCCGCGGUUCGGAUUGACUGUCGAAGAAAUCGACACCGCUCUCAGAAAGGAAUUUGCAGCUCACCCGACUGUGAAGUUCCAGACCAGCUUUUUACCAUCUGAAGAGGUGGUCAUCAAAGGUUCUGGCUCGUGGGCCGCUCCCCAGGCACUCGAAGGCUCCAUAUCUGCUCUUAAGCCCACCUUGUCGCAGACAGUGAGACGUUUAGAUCUCGCGAAGGACGUCUGUAUGUGCCACGUCGACGAUUCUUUGAAUGUCUUGCGUCGGGAGGAAGCCGCAAGGGGUCAAGGCGAGGGAGGCUGGAGUGCUGUGGCCGGACGAUCCGCUGCUAGACCCAAGCCUGCCGCUCCUGCUGCCGCCCCGCUUCGCAGCAGAUUCAUUGCUCUCAGGAAAGAGCCGAAAAAGAAGGUGGACGACGAGCCGGUCGAGGAGGACUGGGAGGCCGCAGCGGAGAAGCUUGGUGAUGAGUAG